AUGGCCGCGUCACUAGCAGCUGUCAAGAAGGAAUUGCGCAACAGGAUUAGGAGCAUUCUCAAAGGACUUCCCGAAGCCGUUGCGGCUGCUCAAUCAUCCACUGCUACCAAGACUCUGCUGUCCAUGCCAGAGUACCAAGCUGCACGCACGAUAAGUGUCUACCUAUCUAUGCCAGGCGGUGAAAUAUCCACGAGCGAGAUUGUGCGCAAUGCACUAGACGAGGGCAAGAAGGUCUUCAUUCCCUACACGUACACUUUGGACGCGCCCAAACAAGGCCAACCAAAAUCCAUCAUGGACAUGGUAGAGCUACAGUCGAUGAAAGACUUUGAGUCACUGGAAUCUGACAAAUGGGGGAUUCCCACCCCAAGCAAAGAUUCCAUAUCAUCACGUGCAAAUUGCUUUGGCGGUACCGGCAUCACGAAUGGGGAGACCGAAGGUGUGAGUGCUGGUCUCGAUCUGAUCGUCAUGCCGGGUAUGGCUUUCGACUCGCAGUUCGGCCGCCUGGGUCACGGUAAAGGCUUCUACGACUAUUUCUUGACGCGUUGUCACCAAGUUUCGCGCAUGCCUUUUCGCGGUAAGAACUACUGGCAUUGUGUAUUUGGAGGGCUAACUAACCAAGUUGAAGUUGGCCUCUCGUUAACUGAGCAGUUCCUGCCGCCAAACGAGUCGGUUCCCAUGGAUUCCUCCGAUUUCCGUUUGGACGCUUUGAUCACCGGUGAUGGCGAGCUCCGUCGCGUGGGAUCUUAA